CCGUCCGCCCGCCUGUGUGUGUUUUCCCGGGGGAAGGGCUGGGGUUGGCUGCAGGCUCGGGCGGCACCGGGAUGGCGCAGGGCGGCUGCGGCUCUCCCGCGCCCGCGGGUGCGCACCGCGCCUGAGUGGCCGCCUUGGUCUGCCCCUCCUGCGGGAGCUGCGGGACGGGCUCGGCUUCCUUGGGGCUUCCUGCGCGGCUCUCGGGGCGGCGAGCUGUGCCUGGGCGCUCCGUGACCCAGGGCGGUGAUGCAGUGUCCUUGGUGGGCAGGAAGCGGCGGAGCACACGAGGGUUUGCUGGUUUCCUUCGCCGCCCUUAGCAGCGUCUUCCAGGCUUAAGCUGUGGCUGCAGUGACUCUGCAAGAUCGAUGCCUUUUUGCUGUAAGGACAUAACUUCCAGAGAGGUAAAGCAUGGUUAGACUGAUGUGAUGGAACUCACGGGAGGGAAAAAAAAGUCAUAUUCAGGCAAAGGCAGGAUCCUUUACAAUGUCAGGUUAAGUGAUCUUCCGGGACUAGCAAGUCUGCGUAAAAAAGCCCAAAACAAACGGAUAUCCCUGAAGAUGUGUGGCUCAAACUGCUUCAAACUGUCUGAGCAUUUGUUAUUUAACUGAUGAAGCUUUUCUACCAUUUGCUUUCCUCCUGAGGCCUUCAUCUGUUGAAGGAUCAGAAUUGGGUACUAUGGAAUCAAGACCAGCUAAAACAUGAGAAGAUAUAUUCAAGAUGAUCCAGCCAGAAGAUCUUUCACUUCAUAGAAAUAUUAUUUUUGUUUAAUAUGUAAUAUAAUUAGACAAAGCCAAAUUCAGUUACUUUUCUCAAAAUUAGGACGCGCCUGUGGCCUUCAUCAGAAAUGUUUCUAACAUUUUCAAGGAAAAAUAUGUCCCAGAAGCUGAGUAUGUUUUUACUAGUCUUCGGAAUCAUUUGGGGUUUGAUGUUGCUACGCUACACUUUUCAGUAUCCAAGACGCCAAAGCAGUGCUGAGUUGCGUGGACAGAUAUUAGAUCUCAGUAAAAGAUAUGUCAAAGCACUGGCAGAAGAAAAUAAAAACCUGAUGAAUGGUGGUGGUGGAGCCUCUAUGUCAGGAUAUGCUGAUCUUAAGAGAACAAUUGCUGUUCUUCUGGAUGACAUCUUACAACGCCUGGUGAAACUGGAAAACAAGGUUGAUUACAUCGUUGUGAAUGGCUCAGCAACAAACACCACUAAUGGAACUAACCACCAGGUGCCAGUGACUGCAAACAAACGCGCAAAGCCAGCAAGCAACAUCAGAUAGCAAACAGGCUGCUCUGUGUUGCUGCACCAUUGAUGGAGAAUAUUUAAGAUAAGCUUUUUGUCUCUGGCUAGGGCAAAGCAGUAGUUGACUCUAAAGCAAGCAUAAACUAUUGUAUUCUACAACAUGCUUCGAUCUGUGUAGGCCUAACGUGCUUAGAUUCUCAAAGCAUUAUUUCAUUGCCUUUGAGCGGUGCUUCUGAAGUGAUCUUUGUUGUCUCUAAAGAUAUUUUGAUAUGAUUUGAUGUAGUAGGCCAUUGGAUAAUAACGUGAAAAGCAAUGGGAAACUUAUAGGUAGAUUUUGAAAUAUAUUUAUUUAAUUAUGACUAUAACAUAUCUUUUGGAUAGGUGAGCAAUAUUGUAGUUUAUUCAUUUUUUGUGGUCUGCAUUAAGCCAAGGUAACUGAGGAAAAUGUGUUAGUAAACAGAUGUUAGAAGAUGUGUACACUUAAAAUAUUUUCUUACUUAUUUACUAAAACAAUAUUAAAUUGAGGAUAGCGUUGGUGGUAAUAUUUUAAAAUUGUGAUCCAAAGAAUGUCUUUAUUUGCACUAUCUGUCAGAAUAGUUAAAGAGAAGUUAUUGUAUAUUUAAGAAAAUUUAUUAUAAUAGGAAAUCAUUCUAGGUAGUAACACUGUCCAGGUUUAUCUUUAUGCCAGAGGUAGGGCAGUUAGAUUAUGAAAAGCAAAUCAUCAUCUGUGAUAUUUUAGAUGAUUAUUUCUUAAAAAGAUAUUUAAGUAUAUGUAUUUUGUAAUUGCAGAUAAAAUUAUUUAAGUGAUGGAAAUAAGUUUUGAAUAUGUGAAUAUAGUUUAUUUUUAUUCAUUGUUGUUUGUUUUAACAUUUUGAUGCCUUGAGGUUUGUGUUUAGUAUAGCACACCAUCUCUUUGAAUUGCUUUCUUGAUCAGAAGGAAAAGCAAUGAAGGGAAUCAAGGCAUCUCUGCAUUUAACAGGGGUAUGUGUACUAAGGGUGUCUAAUCAUGGAAUAGUUGAGAGCCAAGGUGAUGUUUGCCUUAUGUCUACGUCAGCCUUACAGCAAAGUGAAUUGCAUGCAGUGUUGGGUGCACUGUAUCUCAAAUGUUACUGAAAUCAUAUUGAAGUGCCACUGAACCUGUUUUUUUUAAACUGUGCUGAAUGUUUGGGGGGGACAGAAUGUUCAGGGACUUUUGCCAAAAGUGUCCUGUAAGCGAGGUUUUGGGGAUGAGUAAAACCAGAGGCACUGGGUGAUAUACCAGGCAAAGUUAUGUGAUUUUUUUUUUCCCUUUCUUCUGUUUCUCUGCUUAUAUUCUUGAUGGCUAUAAAGGAAAAUAGAAUUGCAAUCUUAAUUAGUACUUAGUAGCCAGAUGAUUUUUUUUGUCACAUUGUGUGUAAACAUGUACUCACUUCAAUGCAGAAAGAGAGAAAUAAAUUUUUAAUUGUACUUGUAAA